AUGCCCAAUUCCCAGUCGAAGCUCGACUUACACGAACAGCACCUCGCCAAGGUCCAGGGUCCAUCAGCAGGCACCUCGACCGGGACUCACUUCAAUGAUCCGGUACAGCAAUCUUUGCCAAUUGAGGUUGUUGGUGCCUCUGAGCACCAAUGCAGAGGCGUCAGUUCCGACAUGGCGCAGCAAGGCCGAACCAGACUUCCGCACAAGGAAGACGACAGCUGGACGGACCACGAUUCGGCGAUUUACAUGCGCUCAGACUCCUCUUCGGUCGAAUCCAGCUCAGAUACCGAGGGCAAAUUCGUGGUUCCUUUGGUCCAAGGGGAACAACUCCAAGAGCAAAGGGAGCAAGCCACUUUUCUCCUCAACUGGCAGUGGAAGAUGGAUAUCGCCAGACUCGACGGACGCAAGUAUACCUGGACAGAAACGCGCCUAAGAAACUUCCAAUGGUCUGAAGAGUUCUACGUCGACGAGUCCGGUUUCCUAGGCGUGCUCGCCGAGCGAGCGAACGAGCAGUUCCGGGCUGCAAUCGCGGACGACCCGGCGAGUUACGGCGCCGCAUCCUGCCACUGGCACAAGACAAAGGCCCCAGCACGAUUACCGAGGCGGAAAAAGACCGAGAACGAGAAGGAGGAAACGCCGACGGUGCCGAAGAUCGUCCUGACCGAUCCCCAGGGCGAGAACUGGUUUCUGAACGAUUUGCGGUACUACCCGGAUGACUUCGAUGAAGACGACGAAGAGGAGGAGGAUGAGAGUAUAUACUGGUGA